GUUGAGGGAUUCUCCAUAGUGCAGCGAACUGCUUCGUUUUGGGAGUGACUGUUAUUAUUUUUGACCCAAUAAUUUCUUCUCGAAAGUAGGAAUAUAACCAGUUAAUUCGACAGAACCACAGACUAAUAUCAAUGUAGAAAACAAUCAUCCAUUUAACAAAAUUUAGGUAAUGAUUUGUGUGUUUCAUUCUGAUUUGGAAUAUUUUUUGUGAAUUGUGAAUUGAAGGAUUACUAAUAGAGAGGAAAAUGGCCGACCCAGAAAAUAGACCAAUUGGAUUUGAGAUGAUGGAAGCAGGAAUGGCGGUAUCGCCACAACCACCUCCACCAGAAGAAUUAAUCUAUCCACCCGUUGGUCAGAAUAUGGAUACGUCUCCGUUAGUAUCUGGUAAUAUUCAACCAAUUGGAUUCGAAGAUCAAGUCAAUCCAGCAUUUCGAGAUGAUGUUCCUUCUCAACGAGCUAAGGGUCAUGUUUCAUUUUCUGGUGUUUCCAGCCGAGCUCUCAUAUUUCCUGGGGAUCAAAAUGGUGUAACUCUGAUUGGAGUGAAGACACUAGUCACGGAGAUUGAUGUCACAGAUGAGGGGAAUACAAAUGGUCAUCCAAAAACUAAAAUUGCCAAGGAUGGAACAGAGAGUUUCAUACCCUACGUAGACGGUGUCGACGAUAAUGAAGAUAUUGUUCUAUUAAGAAAUUUUGAACAGCAACAGCAACGACAUGGUUCGAACAGUUUUAAGAUACCGGCCGUGGAAACAUUAUAUUUCCGUGAUGGCGUCAAAAGAAUUGAUUUCGUUCUGGCUUAUAACGACACAGACGCGGACAAGAAAGUUAACAGGCGGAACUUGUUCGAGGAAAAUCUUAAAAAAGAAGGAGUUGAACUGGAAUAUGAAGAAAGACACCGUAAUAAGAAGGACAAGUUAAGGUUUGUAAAGAUUCACUGUCCGUGGGAAGUAUUGAUAAGUUACGCAGAAGUUAUGAGUAUGAAGAUGCCUUUAGCUAUGAAUGAUUUAGAUGAAGAGACCACAAGCUGCUGGUCAAAAUGUCCGACACCGUUCGAUCUGGACGAGGAAUAUUUACCUCCCGUACCUGAUUAUUUUACUGCAGCUUUCUCUAGAAACAGACUGGAUAAGUUUAUAGUUGAUAAUAAGGAGACGUUCUUCUCGUCAGCACAGCGGGGAUUAAUCGCGUAUCAGGUCUUGAGUAGAUGUACGUAUGAAGAGGCUUCAGACAAACGAAAGAGGAAGUUUGGUAUUAAGAAUUUAAUUAAUUCUGGAGUUUACCAAGCGGCAUACCCCUUACAUGAGGGUGAAUAUCUGAGUCCCCAUUCUCUACUGACCAGAGGCAAGAGUAAUGAUAGACAUUUGCUGUAUGAAACUUGGGCCAAACCCGGCCGAUGGUACAAAUAUCAGCCACUUGAUCAUAUUCGGAAAUAUUUUGGUGAGAAGAUCGGAAUUUAUUUUGCAUGGUUAGGAUAUUAUACAGCCCUACUUUUACCAGCGGCAUUGAUUGGUCUAGUAGUUUUCAUCUACGGAUGUGUCCGCCUGUUUGAUGAUACUGUAGGGAAAGAAAUCUGUGAUGAGAACGGUGUCGGUAAUUUUACGAUGUGUCCACUAUGCGAUGUUCGCUGUACCUUCUGGAAAUUAAAGAAAUCGUGUACAUAUUCUAGAGCUACCUACAUCUUUGAUAAUGAAGCUACAGUAUUCUUCGCUGGAUUCAUGGCCCUGUGGGCGACAUUUUUUCAUGAGAUGUGGAAACGGAAACAAGCUGAAAUAGAGUACGAUUGGGAUGUGGCAGAUUUUGAACAGGAGGAAAAUAUCCGACCAGAAUAUGAGGCUCAGGUGAGCACGACAAAGAAGAAUCCAAUUAAUCAGGCAAGAAGCCUUCUUUUACUCGAGAUGGAAGAGCCUCACGUUCGGUUUGCUCAUCGUGUGUGUCGAUUUGCUUCUUCAUUUAUAACCGUGGUGUUUAUGUUAUGUUUGGUUGUUGCUGCUGCGUUUGGUGUGAUUGUGUACCGUGUGACAGUAGCAGCCAUUUUCUACAGCGUGGACCAGGAAGAAAUCAGUGCACGAGCCAAUCUUAUUACAACUAUUACGGCAGCUAUUAUUAAUUUGAUCAUCAUCGUUAUUCUCAGUUGGGUUUAUCUACAAAUUGCAACAUUCUUGACAAAUUUUGAAAUGCCGCGUACUGAGACGGAAUGGGAAGAUAGUUUUACGUUUAAAAUGUUUCUGUUUCAAUUCAUCAAUCAUUAUUCAUCUAUAUUUUAUAUCGCAUUCUUCAAGGGCAGAUUUAUUGGCCGUCCUGGUGCCUAUAACAGACAGAUCAAUUUCACCAGACAGGAAGAGUGUGACCCAGCUGACUGUCUGAUUGAGUUAUGUUUUUGUAUAUUUUUAGUGUGA